CACACACACGAGCGCACGCACACAGGCGCAGGUUUGCGCAUUAGAAAAAAAACACAAAACAAAACAAAAUUCAGUGGCAGCUGAAUUCUCGAAUAUUUAUAAUUUAUAAUUAAUCGAAAAAUACACGUCGAAAAGCCAGGAUCCAAGUGCAAUACACAAAUCUUUUGUUUUGCUGGAGUAAAGAAAGAACAAAUCAUCCGUAAAAGGCGAACCACCGAUUUGCGUCUCAAACUUUUGCAAUAGAACCGCUGAAAUAUUGCUAAUUUGGAGCCGUAAAUUCACAAAAACGCCUUCGAAAUGGUGGAGCCCAUUUUCGAGUACCAAUUCCGACUGAUUUUAAUCGGCGACAGCACCGUGGGCAAAAGUUCGCUUUUGAAGUUCUUCACAGACGGCAAAUUCGCCGAGCUGUCGGAUCCCACAGUUGGAGUCGACUUCUUCGCCCGCCUCAUCGAGAUGAAGGACGGCACACAGAUCAAGCUGCAGCUGUGGGACACCGCAGGCCAGGAGCGCUUCCGUUCGAUCACCAAGUCCUACUACCGGAACUCGGUGGGCGUGCUGCUGGUCUACGACAUAUCGAAUCACGCCAGCUUCGAGCACAUACCGCUGUGGAUGAUGGAGGCGCAGCGUCACAUUGAGCCCCACCGCCCUGUCUUCGCGCUGGUCGGCUGCAAGCUGGACCUUAUCAAUGCCGGUGGACAACGCGAAGUGACCACGGAGGAGGCGCAAAAGUUUGCCAAACAGCAUGGCCUGCAUUUCGUCGAGACAUCGGCCCGAUCCGGAGCGAAUGUAGAGGAGGCCUUUCGCAUGGUCACCCAGGAGGUGUACGCCCGCAUUCGAUCCGGCGAAUACAAGGCCGAGGAUGGCUGGGAUGGCAUCAAGUCCGGUUUCUCGCGGCCUAACAGUCUGGAUUUUAACCUCGUGGUGGCCGAGCCGGAAAAGUCAUCCUGUUGUUGAUUCCCCCCGACCUUCCUCCCCAUCCAUAAUUUUCAAUACUGUUUGAUGUACAUUGAUUUGUAUCGUAGCCCCCAAAAAACCCAUUUUGUUGACUCUAUUAAUCUUGUUUAAUGGCCUAGUUUAGCUGAAACACCAAAACAAUUACGUAUAUAUGUAUAUUCGUUUUUUUUCUAAUUACUUUUAGUUUCGCUCUUAAGUUAACUUUUAAUUAGGUGACUCACGGAAAUUAGUGAACAUUGAGUUUGGCCCCCUCUUUCCAAAAUACUUAUAUUUUGUCCCUAUUAUUGGUAAUGAGUCACACGAGAAAUACGUAGCCGAGUUUCUGUGCUCCCAACUCAUAAAACACAUAACUCCACAUACACAAAUCCGAACGGGAAAGCUAUACAUAUACUUGAAACUUGAAAUAUAAACGUUUUUAUUAAUAUGAA